CGUAAGGCCAAGCGCAAGCGAAUUACACAGAGGCAAUUCGAGGUGCUUCAGGGGGCGUUUUUGGUUCGCGAUACACCCUCGCACGAAGUGCGCGCAGCACUGGCAGCUCAGUUGGAUAUGUCGCCCCGCGAGGUGCAGGUGUGGUUCCAGAACCGCCGCGCAAAGUACAACCGCGAGAGAGCCCUGAAGAAGCAGAAGGAGUCCCAGGUGAAU